AUGCCCUUCAAGAUCGAUACAACUACCCUCCUCUACAUCGUGUUUAUUGUAGGAGGGGCCAUCUCCUUGAUCCUAGGAGCGAUGUCUUGGGCUCGCACCGCCGCACUGCUUCUUCCCUUACCGACAUGGGUCCCAGCCAUCGCUACACUCAUAUCCCCCAUCACAAUACUCACACUGAUAGCCACGCGAAUCUUGUUCCCACGGUUGAACAAUGAGGCGCCUCGCAAUUAUCGAUGGACCACAACAUUUGGUAUACUGAAUCAGAUUCAAACCAUCAUUUCGACCAUCGUGGCCACAGUAGCACUUGCGUACCUCUUCCCUGACAGGAUUCUCUCAUGUAACCUAGAUCAACAAUGGCAGGUGUUCUUCCAGUCGAAGAAUUCGCACGCUAUCCGCUCAAUCCAAGAUGAGUUCCGAUGCUGCGGUCUUAGAAGUCUUCACGACAGGGCAUGGCCUUUCAAGGAUCGGAACCACGGGGACAACGCGUGUGAGCUGCAGCUGCGAUAUCAGAGGAGUUGCUUCACUCCUUGGAGAGAGAACCAGCAGAAAACUUCUUGGAUGAUCUUUGCGGCGGCUGUUUUUGUUUUCGCGGCUAAGAUCGCUUUCGUUCGGCUUUCCCGCCAUCAAACGAGUUGGAUGAGCGCACAAUCUACCAGCAGGAGGCCUGAUUACCAGCGUAUUUCACCCCCAGGGGUACAGGACGAAGGUGACAACGAGAACGAUGUCCCCGAGGAGACGCGGAGGACAUUUUUACCCCAGUCGAGCACCGAGUAUAGAAACAACUGGGAGGUAGACUAA